CCCCGGAUUCUCCAUGUUGGACCCGAUCUGAGAAGCCCGGAGCCGCUGCUCGGCUUGCAUGCAUGCAUGCAGCCCACUCCAGGGCGUUUGCAGCUGAGGACCACCCCACCCCUCCUACACACAGCACCCCCGCCCCCACCUCCCUGGGCCUCUUCCUUCCCCCAACCCCCUCCCACCCAAAGGAUCCCCUGGAUCUGUGGGAUUGUUAGAUGGAAAGCGGUUCUAUCAUCACCCAAGUGCAGAGGGAAGAAGCCCUGGUGCUUGCAAAACAAGGGUUGGUGUCCAAGUCUUCUCCCAAGAAACCUCGUGGCCGGAACAUAUUCAAGGCGCUUUUCUGUUGCCUCCGCACACAGAAUGUCGGUCAGUCAGGCUGCGGUGGGGAGCAUGCACCGCACAAGGAGGAACCCAGCACCAUCGCUAAGUCCGAUCUGCUGCAGUGUCUUCAGUACCAGUUCUACCAGAUUCCCGGGACGUGCCUGCUCCCCGAGGUGACUCAGCGGGACCAGGGCAGGAUCUGCGUGGUGAUCGACCUGGAUGAGACGCUGGUGCACAGCUCCUUUAAGCCAAUCAACAAUGCUGACUUCAUAGUGCCUGUGGAGAUAGAGGGGACCUUGCACCAGGUCUAUGUGCUCAAGAGACCUUUUGUGGACGAAUUCCUGAGGCGGAUGGGCGAGCUGUUUGAGUGUGUCCUCUUCACUGCCAGCCUGGCCAAGUACGCCGACCCGGUGACGGACCUUCUGGACAAGUGCGGGGUGUUCCGGGCGCGGCUCUUCCGGGAGUCCUGCGUCUUCCACCAGGGCUGCUACGUCAAGGACCUGAGCCGCCUGGGCCGGGACCUGCACAAGACGCUCAUCCUGGACAACUCGCCGGCCUCCUACAUCUUCCACCCGGAGAACGCGGUGCCCGUCCAGUCCUGGUUUGAUGACAUGGCGGACACGGAGCUGCUCAACCUCAUCCCCAUCUUCGAAGAGCUGAGCGAAGCGGAGGACGUUUAUACCAGCCUCGGCCAGUUGCGGGCGCCGUAGAGCCUCCAGCGCCCUGGUGGCCCAUUUCUGCAGGGGACUUUCACUCAGUGCCUUCGCUAGCAGCCGGGAGGAGGGGGUCGGGCAAGGAGUCGGCUCCCGGGCCCCAGUGGCAGUGCCAGAGCCCUCGCCUCUCGGACCGGGGCGCAGGACGGGAUGUUGGAUUGCAAAGCGGGGAAAUCUCCGUAGCCCCGGUCACAGGUCUGAGCCCAUCUCCUGGUAGCCCUGGGGUCUCUGCACUGCGGGGUGCAGGGCUCCCCGCGCUCCGACUCGCAAACGGGGCUCUGCUUCCCGCCCCGCUCGCCUCCCUGACACACAGCGCCUGCGGAUUCCACGUGGAGGGCCUGGCUGGGCGACUCCUGCCAUGGGGGGUGGGGAGGGUUGUGCAUCCCAAUGCCUGCCUUCUCCCCCCACGUGCUGCUCUGAGAGCAACUGCCUGAACAGACGGCCAGCCUCCCGGCAGGACGGCCCUCCAGCUCUCCAAAGGGCAAACGCCAGCUGUCCCCGGCCCCUGGAGGCGUCCCCGGCCCCUGGAGGCGUCCCCGGCCCCUGGAGGCGUUCCGCAUGGCGGGGCAGCUGCUGCAGCACCUUUGCUGUGGCUUUCUCCGAAUCCUAGUCCCACUGCCGGUGCCUGGGGCUGGGCCAGAGCCCUGCCUUUGCCAUCCCCCCCUCCCAGUCUCAUCCUCCCAAGUGGAGCCACUGAUCCCAUUCCCUGUCACCCUCUCCCCCAGGAGGCACCUACUGAGGCCUCUGGAGCUGGAGCCAGGCCUGUCUGGGGUCAGCAACCCAUCCCCCCGGCAAGGCCCAGGCCCAGGGACUCAUAUCCUGAGGGAGCCUCUCCAUCCUCCCUUGUCCCUUAGCCGGCUCCUUCCAGGAGCUGGGUCUCCAGCCCAACCAGAUUCCUCCUCCCUGGCCUGGAUCCCAGCCUCGGGCCAGCGUCGCUCUGAAGGAUGUUCCUGGAGCAGCCCCAGCUGGGCCCCGUGGCUCCCAACAGCUGCCGUUGCCCAGUGGAGCCGAGAUCCUUGCCUCAUACCAAUUGCCGCUCGGCUCCGAAGGAGGGGGAGAUGCUGAGAGCGGCCCAGCCAGAGGCUGCCGUAACGGGUAACUUUAAACCAAAGCCACACUCCACCUCCCUAGCCGGUUUAGCCCAAAGCAGGGGCCGGCGGGGGCACCUUUGAGCUGCAGGGAGACGGUCACGUUGCACUCCCGCUCCUACAGUCCAAAGCAGCGCUCUCUAUCUAGGGGACCACGCCCACCCCCCUCUCUUAACUGCUGCCCUCCAUGUGGGACAUGGGGCCCACGGAAACAAGAUGCUUCCUCCACCACCAGCAGGCUGGUGCCUGGAACAUCCCCUCCGUGGGGUGCUGAAGGGGUCGGGAGUCAGUGUGAGAAGCCCCCCGACACUGAAGUCCCAGUGUGGUGACGUCUUCAGCUUCAACAGCUCCUGCAGGUGGUCUCAGGAAACGCUCACUGGAGCUGAGCCCCUUGGCGAUAGGAGACUUUGGCACCAGCCCCCCCCCCCCCAACUCUGCGUUGUGCUGACCCCGCUCUCUCGGCACAGCUUGACUUCCCCAGACCAGCCUGGCGAGACGGGGCCCUUUCCUCUGAUCUCCGUCUCUCUGAUCUCCCAGCAUUCCUCGUCGGUGCCACAACACAACCCCGCAAGGCCCGGAGGAAUCUGCCGGGAUGGAGUUUGUGGCAUGUCAUAUCCGUGGCCGCCCCGACGAGCGGUGGCUGCUCCGGGCACCUCUGCCACUCCAGCAUUGGCAACCGCCCCUCUCCAUCUCGGUGCCUUCCCGUUCCUGCUGCACCUUCUGCUUUGGCAUUUCCAAAGAGAACCAGCUCUUCGUCCGAGCCAAAUGGCGACCGGGUUGCAGGCAGCAUCCCCUCCCCGAGGGGGCUCUCGGGAGGGCUGGGCCGUGGCUGUCGCUCUGCCCGUGUGGCGUUGGGGCCUGGCGCACAUCCCUCCGGCAGCAGGACAGACUCUGCUGGGCUGUUACACCAUCAAGUGCCAUUAGGCCACAGGCCAGUGCCUGCUGUGCCAGGGGGCACCCCCGUCUGGGCCUGGCCCCCACUGUGAACUUUGUGGGUCACGGCCCAGGCCCGAGGAGGGCACCAUGGGACCAAAGCUGUGAGACCUGUGCCUGGCUGGGCCCUGGGGCAGGCCGACCCCCUUCCUGCCCUCGGGGGGUGCCGUUCUCAGGCCCAGCUAGGAAGGGCCGGGACCUGUCGGAGUGACUCAGAAGGAGAAGGGCUGACAGCCUAGGCUUGGGGUCGGAGAAACCGGGAACCCACUCCCCCUGCCCCUCAGGAUCCGAGCCUUAUAGGGGAGAUCUUAGUAACAGGCCGGUGUGUGCCGGGACCGGGGACUCCAGCUCUGCACAUUGUAGAGGGGAGCCCAGCAGGGAGCAGUGGAGCACCAGGCCUGGUGGGGGGGGGGGGCACCCCAACUUAUAAUAAAUACAGGUUUCCUCUCCCCCCUCGAAUUCCCUCCCUCUUCGGGAACACAACUCUACAUCGAGCUUCUCAGGACCCUUCCACCCCAACCUCUGAUGUGGCUUGAAAUGCCCAUGCUAGGAUGUGAAAUUGGUCCCUUGUUUGCUUCCCCUCCCCCCAGGUGGGGGCACCACCCCACACCUGUAUUGUAGAAAUUUUCCAGCAGUGGUUACCACAUCUGACCUGUUCUCCCCCCCACACACACCUGCACAUACCGGGGGGCCUGCCCCAGCAUCCGGUCCAGCCCCACUCCUAUCCCUCGUCUGCUGACUCAACGGCCUCUGGUGAGUCACCCCGAAAUGCACAUGGCCGUGGGAAAUCCCCACCCCCUGUACUGCAGCCAGGAGCCCUGAGGACGGGGGAGUCUAGCUGCAGGUGCUUGGGCAGGUCUCAUGCCUCCGACACCCCAACUGGCAGCAGGUGAGCCCCAAAAUGCAGCCUGGCCGGGGCCUCGGAGCUGGGCUUCCCCAGGCCUCCUUCAGCAUGCACAUGCUCACCUGAGCUCACUGAUUUGCCUUUCACCUGGGGCCGUGUUCCCCUAAACCCCAUAGCUCUGCUCAGGCCCCCCCAUUGCAAUCGGGGGGGGUGCCCCCAUCUCCCACGGUGGGGGUCGGUGCACUCAGCGUGAGGCCCUGGGGUGUCCCCCCCCUCCGGGGCGUAAAGACUUCGGUUGCUUUGGUGACACGGUCACUUCCUUUGGUUUGUUACAUUUUUGUCUUAUUCAAAAGAAAAAACUUGAAGCCGGCGCCGCUGUCUCGGUCUCUUUCUAUUUUUGGAAUCUUUGUAUUAACUGCGAUUAAAGCCAGGAAAGGAAACUGAA